CAGCGACCGAUGGGGCCGGCUGGGCUGCUCGUCGCUGUCGCUGCCACAGUCAAGCCGAGCGCGCACGCGCAGUGCGCGGCGUGCGCCCGCGUCACCAGCUUGCUGGGCGAUCUCUUGAAUCGGACCAAGGAGUCGCUCGAGGUGAGCCGGCGCGUGCACGAGGAGGCGGCGACCAAGAUACAAAAGGCGCAGACAAAGAGGUGGCUGAAAAACGAGUACCACGUCGCGCUGCGGGCUGCGAUCGAGGAGGAGAUGGACAUGGUGUGCAAGCGCGACGAGCUGGUUGCGACAAGGGCUCUCUCGCUCGCGUGCGCCGAGCUGAUCGAUGCGCAUAUUGACGAGCUGCCUCGCGCCAUCCUCGACGCGGACGCCGGCUUCUGCGCCAAGGCGGUCCACGGGUGCGACAGCGAGACGAUGGAGGCGUCCGCCCGCGCCUUCACCUCGUCUCUGCGCAGCGAAGCGCCGCCGGCCGCCGGAGAGAACGCCACCGCCGACGGACUCGUGGCGAGGCUGGUCGGAUCGACUAUCAACCGGUGGGUGCACGCGGCGGGCGCGAGCGGGCACGCGCUGGUGAUGCUGCACGAGGGGCCUCGCAGCGCGCCGGCCGAUGGCGCGGCCGACCCGGUCGCCGCUCUCUUCUACCGGCUCGCCGCGGCAGCCAACGGGUCGGCGGCCGCCAGGCCGCUGCUGCGGUACGGGCAGCUCGACGUGGCGGCGAACGACCCGCCCGUCGACACGCCGCCGCCUCCCUCGGGCGCGGGCUCGCGCCUGGUGCUGUGGAGGCGUCAGGCGGGCACCGCCGCGCCGCCGGUCGCGCUGCCCGAGCCGGGCGAGGACGGGCUCGGAGGGCGGAGCGACGAGGAGGUGCGCACGCGGCUGCUGCAGUGGCUCUCGUCGACGCUAAACACGCACGAGGGCGGCGCGCUGCGCGGCGCGCUGCAGCUCUCGCUCGUGCGAGAGCGGCGCGAGGCCAAGGAGGCUGGCUCGGCCGGCUCCACGGAGGCGGCCGAGGCCAAGGGCGGCAAGGGCAAGGGCAAGGGCAAGGAGAAGCCGCCGCCGCGCCGCAAGGCAAAGGCGAGCGAGACGAGGCCUCCGGCCGCGGUGGCGCGGGCGCAGGAGUGCGAGCUGUGCGGCCUCGUCUUCGAGCGGAUGGAGAUGACCCUCUCCUCGACGCGCGCGGAGCUCGCGCUCUCCAAAGACGCGGCGGAGCGGAGGCAGGCGCAGAUAGACGGCGUGCAAAAGGCGCAGACCCGGCGCUGGCUCAAGCUCGAGUACGCGCAGAACCUGGCCGCGGCGCUGGAGGACAUGGUCGACGGCAUGUGCAGCGGCGUCGGCCUCAAGAACGCCGCCUGCAAGCCCGAGCCCACCGGCGAGCCGCAGCGCUGGGUGGGCGCUCGCUGCUCCGCGCUCGUCGACGCGGCUGCAGACGCGCUGCAGCGUGCCGCGCUCGACGGCCGCGACGCGACCGCUUGCGCUUCCCUCCUCCGGGGCUGCUCGUCCCGUGCCCAGUAA